AUGUAUUCAUCCGUGUGGCUCUUCGUUCAGACCGGAUCAUGCUGUGGCGAGUUUCAAAGCAAAGUCAAUAGAGACAUAGGUACAGAGGAGGUGGGUACAGAGGAGGUGGGUACAGAGGAGGUGGGCACAGAGGAGGUGGGUACAGAGGAGGUGGGUACAGAGGAGGUGGGUACAGAGGAGGUGGGUACAGAGGAGGUGGGUACAGAGGAGGUGGGUACAGAGGAGGUGGGCACAGAGGAGGUGGGUACAGAGGAGGUGGGCACAGAGGAGGUGGGUACAGAGGAGGUGGGUACAGAGGAGGUGGGUACAGAGGAGGUGGGCACAGAGGAGGUGGGUACAGAGGAGGUGGGCACAGAGGAGGUGGGCGCAGAGGAGGUGGGUACAGAGGAGGUGGGUACAGAGGAGGUGGGUACAGAGGAGGUGGGUACAGAGGAGGUGGGCACAGAGGAGGUGGGUACAGAGGAGGUGGGUACAGAGGAGGUGGGUACAGAGGAGGUGGGUACAGAGGAGGUGGGUACAGAGGAGGGACUGUGUGUGGACCACAGGGACAGGGUGGAGCACAGGGACAGAGUGGAGCACAGGGACAGAGUGGAGCACAGGGACAGAGUGGAGCACAGGGACAGGGUGGAGCACAGGGACAGGGUGGAGCACAGGGACAGAGUGGAGCACAGGGACAGAGUGGAGCACAGGGACAGAGUGGAGCACAGGGACAGGGUGGAGCACAGGGACAGAGUGGAGCACAGGGACAGAGUGGAGCACAGGGACAGGGUGGAGCACAGGGACAGGGUGGACCACAGGGACAGAGUGGAGCACAGGGACAGAGUGGAGCACAGGGACAGAGUGGAGCACAGGGACAGGGUGGACCACAGGGACAGAGUGGAGCACAGGGACAGAGUGGAGCACAGGGACAGAGUGGAGCACAGGGACAGAGUGGAGCACAGGGACAGAGUGGAGCACAGGGACAGGGCACAGGGAGCACAGGGACAGGGUGGAGCACAGGGACAGAGUGGAGCACAGGGACAGAGUGGAGCACAGGGACAGAGUGGAGCACAGGGACAGAGUGGAGCACAGGGACAGAGUGGAGCACAGGGACAGGGUGGAGCACAGGGACAGAGUGGAGCACAGGGACAGGGUGGAGCACAGGGACAGGGUGGAGCACAGGGACAGGGUGGAGCACAGGGACAGAGUGGAGCACAGGGACAGGGUGGAGCACAGGGACAGAGUGGAGCACAUAUCCGUUUGUGCGUCUCUACAGAGCGGUCCGUUUGUGCGUCUCUACAGAGCGGUCCGUUUGUGCGUCUCUACAGAGCGACACACACUCUGGUGGUGGUGUCUGGGUUGACACAGACUCUGGUGGUGGUGUCUGGGCUGACGCAGACUCUGGUGGUGGUGUCUGGGCUGACACAGACUCUGGUGGUGGUGUCUGGGCUGACACAGACUCUGGUGGUGGUGUCUGGGCUGACACAGACUCUGGUGGUGGUGUCUGGGCUGACACAGACUCUGGUGGUGGUGUCUGGGCUGACACAGACUCUGGUGGUGGUGUCUGGGCUGACACAGACUCUGGUGGUGGUGUCUGGGCUGACACAGACUCUGGUGGUGGUGUCUGGGCUGACACAGACUCUGGUGGUGGUGUCUGGGCUGACACAGACUCUGGUGGUGGUGUCUGGGCUGACACAGACUCUGGUGGUGGUGUCUGGGCUGACACAGACUCUGGUGGUGGUGUCUGGGCUGACACAGACUCUGGUGGUGGGGAGACUGUGGAUCCUGAGGCUGUGGAGGAUCCUCCACAAACUUCAGUCUGGACCUGGUCCCAGAUGUGAGACCCUCAGGAGUGACUGGUCUAAGGCGUUACCAUGGGACUUCAGGAGUGACCAGUCUAUGGGAGAACCAUGGGACUUCAGGAGUGACCGGUCGAUGGGAGAACCACUGAAGUUCAGGAGUGACCAGUCUAUGGGAGAACCAUGGGACUUCAGGAGUGACCGGUCUAUGGGAGAACCACUGAAGUUCAGGAGUGACCAGUCUAUGGGAGAACCACUGUGCUUCAGGAGUGACCAGUCUAUGGGAGAACCACUGUGCUUCAGGAGUGACCAGUCUAUGGGAGAACCACUGAAGUUCAGGAGUGACCAGUCUAUGGGAGAACCACUGUGCUUCAGGAGUGACCAGUCUAUGGGAGAACCACUGAAGUUCAGGAGUGACCAGUCUAUGGGAGAACCACUGAAGUUCAGGAGUGACCGGUCUAUGGGAGAACCACUGAAGUUCAGGAGUGACCAGUCUAUGGGAGAACCACUGAAGUUCAGGAGUGACCGGUCUAUGGGAGAACAAGAGAACUUCAGGACAGAAGCGGCUGCAGAUGUCUCCACUGGUCCGCACCAUGGCUCUCACCUGGUCUCCAUAUUUAAGCACAGGGACACUACAGGCAGCGAUCCUCUGUACCUGUGUGCUGUAGCACAGGGACACUACAGGCAGCGAUCCUCUGUACCUGUGUGCUGCAGCACAGGGACACUACAGGCAGAUCCUCUGUACCUGUGUGCUGUAGCACAGGGACACAACAGGCAGCGAUCCUCUGUACCUGUGUGCUGUAGCACAGGGACACUACAGGCUCAGGACCAGCGAUCCUCUCACAGGGACACUACAGGCAGCGAUCCUCUGUACCUGUGUGCUGUAGCACAGGGACACUACAGGCAGCGAUCCUCUGUACCGUGUGUGUGCUGCAGCACAGGGACACUACAGGCAGAUCCUCUGUACCUGUGUGCUGUAGCACAGGGACACAAAGGCAGCGAUCCUCUGUACCUGUGUGCUGUAGCACAGGGACACUACAGGCAGCGAUCCUCUGUACCUGUGUGCUGCAGCACAGGGACACUACAGGCAGAUCCUCUGUACCUGUGUGCUGUAGCACAGGGACACUACAGGCAGAUCCUCUGUACCUGUGUGCUGCAGCACAGGGACACUACAGGCAGUGAUCCUCUGUACCUGUGUGCUGUAGCACAGGGACACUACAGGCAGCGAUCCUCUGUACCUGUGUGCUGUAGCACAGGGACACUACAGGCAGAUCCUCUGUACCUGUGUGGUGUAGCACAGGGACACUACAGGCAGAUCCUCUGUACCUGUGUGCUGUAG